AUGGUGGAAGGUUUCAACGUUUAUACUGGCAGAGGUGGUGCUGGAAACAUAGUUUCGUCGUCUGAAAAACCAUCUCCAAAAGUUGUUCCACAAGGUUCUCAGACUCCCAACCUUUUGCAACCGGUAUUCAGCACUGGCAGAGGAGGUGCUGGUAAUAUGCGCAAGAACGUGGAUCAAAAGCUAACUCGUAAGGCGCAGGACGUGGACGACUUCAUACCGCCGGCAGAUGGAGAUAUUAACCCUGUAAACCUGGAUUUAAACGUUCAGUCUGCAAAAUCUCACGACUCACACGCCGCCCGCAGCUAUCACAGUGCGAAUACCCCGCUGAGACCAAAAGGAAGUAGGCAAGAAACACCACAAAGUAUUAGCAUCGGCAGGGGUGGAGCAGGAAACAUUCUUUCGCCCACGAACAGCAGGAAAUCCAAAACCGGCACAAAGGCUCAUAAAAAUGGGUCUAAAUCAGGACUGUGGGCAAACGUCAAGCGCUUUUUCAAAUAA